AACAGGCUCACUUCCAAGAUCACUCUGAACAGAAUGGAAACAAAGAAAAACACAACGCUGAGAGAGGGCUUCCUCGUGAAGCGGGGUCAUCUCGUCCACAACUGGAAGCCGCGCUGGUUCGUUUUGAUGCCGGACAAGCUUCUGUAUUUUAAAUACGACGGAGGAAAAAGAGACUCGUGCCAGCGAGGGAAGAUCCUCCUGAAGGACUGCGGGAUCACUUCUCCUUUCCUGGACUAUGAAAACCGACCGCUGGUGAUCAAGCUCCGGACGAAGAAUGGCGUGGAUCAUUUCCUGGAGGCUUGUUCCCGGGAGGAGAGGGAUGACUGGGCGGGAGAUAUCAGCGCCGCCACGGAGAAACUGCGGGGCCCCGAAGGUGUGAAAGGGCCAAAUCUGCAAACUACUACUACAGGAUCCCAGCUGCACGACAUCAAUCUGAUCAAAGUGCUGGAGUCCAUGUAUGACGUGCACAGUGGAAUCAAGAUGGGAAACCACUUGGAUCACGGCAGCUCGUACAGCAACUGUUUCUCAGGCUCUGUGGUGGUGGACUGGCUGGUGUUCUCUCAGCUGGCUCUGACCCGCGUGGAGGCUCUGACUCUGGCCUCCGCCCUGCAGGAGGAGAGCUUCCUGUGGCCCGUCGGUCUGAAGAGCGUGGAGGCGCUGAGAACCGCCGGACUCACGGAGCACUUCAUGGACGACUCCACCGCUCUCUACAGCUUCUCUGACAGCUUGAAGAAGAGAGGCAGCGUGAAGGCCGAGACCUCAAUGUCUGCAGUGGAGCUCAGUGGGAAAGUGAUCAAGAGAGGAUAUCUACUCAAACAGGGUCACAGGAGGAAGAACUGGAAGGUCCGUCUGUUCGUUCUUCGCUCAGAGCCGGCGUACCUCCACUACUACGACCCCACCAAGGAUGACAUCAGUCCCGUGGGCGGCUUCUCUCUGAGAGCAUGUCUGGUUUCCUCGCUCGGAGAUAACGGAGUUCCCUCGGGUGUUAAAGGAAACAUUCAGGGCAACCUGUUCAAGAUCAUCACUCAGGAGGACACUCAUUACUUCAUCCAGGCUCCGACUCAGCAGCAGAAGAUGGACUGGAUCGAGGCCAUCCGACAGCACACAUAGAGCAGCGGGUCAAAACUGUUUUAAUUAUGCAGCUAUAGAGAAGAAAGACUUUACACAUUCCAUGAAUGUAAACUGUAGCAGGAGAGACGAGGGCCAUGCAAUUUAAAAAGGAAAGUGUUAGUGGUUAAGAACAUUUCAGAUUUUCCAUCUCUAAAAUCAAAGUGCUUUCAAGUUGAUUAUUCAGUAUUUCAAGUUUUAAAAUGAGGAUUUAAAGGCUCUAAAACAGGGGUGUCAAACUCAAGGCCCGGGGGCCAAAUCCGGCCUGCCACUUCAUUUGAUGUGGCCCCACAAGAGCUUACAAAUAAUAUAAUACGUUUAUUAUAAGGUCACGUGCCGCUUCAGGAGCACGUUGCCCAUAAACGACAUGUCCCACAAUGCAUCUCAUUUUGUGAGAUGCGCACUGCAAUUACUUACUCGACUUCUGCUUUCAGGCGUAGUUAAUUAUUAAGUUAUUACCCUAUCCGAUAAUAAUCCAAUGCAGAGGAAAUAUUGUAAAAUAAUACAUUCUUUUAUAUAUAUAUAUAUAUUAUGUAUAUUUAUCUAUGUAUAUUUAUAUAGUCUUAAAGUUACCACCAGCCCUUUGAGUGCAACCAUAAUUCUAAUGUGGCCCGCGAUGAAAUUGAGUUUGACACCCCUGCUCUAAAAGCACAGAAGUCGGAAGAAAUUUGCCUUUAAUAUCUCAGUUUGAGUUAAAAUGUUAAGUUAAUGUUUAUUAUUUAACCUUAAAUAAUUUCAGUUUGAUUAUUCAGUAUUCUAAAGAUCGUAAAAGGAGGAUUUUAAAAGCACAUAAGUCGUAGGAAAUUCACCUUUAGUGUACUAUUAAAGUGUUUUCAUGUGUUUUACACAUUUUUCAUUAUUUAACCAUAAAUCAUUUCAGUUUGAUUGUCCAGUAUUUUUCACCUCUCAUCCACUUCCAUAGCAACAAUGCACAUAUUUGAUUUGCAACUAGUUUUUUAUUUUAUCCAGAUUUCAUGUAAAUCAUUUUCUAUAUAUAUAUAAUAUUUGAGUUUCCUUACUUUUUAUCUCCUUUAACUGUGUCUCUGUCUGCACCAUGUACAUGUUUUUCAUUAUUUGACCAUAAAUAAAAGGGAGGGCUGUGGUGCAGUGGGUUGUGCGUUGGUGUCUGGAUCAGUUACAGGUUCAAACCCCACUGCAGUCAGCAUGUCGUUGUGUCCCUGAGACU